UGGAAGCUUCAUGGGUCAACUUAUUGUCCAGCCUCAGGGCAAUGGAGAGCAGAACAUGAUCUUCAUGACUUUACCAGUCAUCGCCACUCAUUACCUGGACAGCACCAAUCAGUGGGAUGCUAUAGGCAUGAAGCGUCGUGAUGAAGCCAUUUACCAUAUCAAGACAGGUUAUGACCAACAGCAGGCCUAUCGUAAACCAGAUGGAUCCUACGCUGCCUUGAUAGGACAGACCGAGCAGUGCAUGCGUGAGCCGGCCUUUAAUUGUGUUCCAUGUGAGCCUGGUAGAGUGCAACACGAAUACGGACUGCUCUGUGCCUUGAAUUGA